AUGUUAUUUGCUGUAAUGGAUUUUGUAUAUAAACCUAUGUAAUCGUUGUUGAAUUAAUAUCCAGUGUUGUUUGCUCUAAAUAAAGUUAAAAUAAAGCUUCAAGAUGGUUGAUACUACUGCUGAAAUAAUGACCACAGAUUCAAUGCAAGAAUCUCAAUGUUUAUACGGACCACAAGACCGAGCCCCGAACUCAAGUGAAGUGAUACAGCAGAUUGCAGAUAUGGGCGCAGGAGCAUAUGUUUAUAUGAUGGUGCCUGUUGUAUUGUUCACUGCAUUGUCAAUAAUAUAUGUUGAAGAGGCAGUUUUUCUAAUUCAAAAUACAGAUUUCUGGAGAAGAACUCAACACAAAUUGUGGAUAUUAUCUGCUUUUCCCGUAAUAGCCGGACUAUGUGUUGUCGGACUCUUCUUUCCUCGUUCUUCACCUACAAUUCAAAUUCUAAUAUCAUUUUACAAUGCGCUUUGUAUGAAGAAAUAUGCUGAUCUUGUACUACAUUAUUAUGGCGGAAAAAAGAAAAUGGCAGAAAUAUGUAACGAAAUGAAAGUGAUUCCAUAUGCUUUCCCGUGCUUUAUGUGGUUCUGUUUUCCCAAAAUCGUGAUGAAUGUACGCAAUAUCAGAAUUAUGCAGUACUUAAUAUAUCCAGUCACAGUAUACCAACCAAUCGUCUUUUUCAUUCUAACUGUACUGUGGAACGAAGAUUUGGGAGGCACAUCAAUAGCUCCUCUUCUGACAGUUUUAAAUCUAAGUGUUCCCCUUGCAUCGUUUGUGGCUGUGUACGGAUUCGUUAUAAUGAAUAAAGCAUCAGAGAGACCACUGAGAAAUUUCAGAAUUAGAGGGAAAUUCGUGACUGUACAACUUAUUCUGGGAAUCAACACGGUGCAAGGAGUCAUCCUGUUGCUCAUGGACAGAUUUAGGGCAGUACCAUGCACCUUUCCAUAUCAAAGUCCAAGACCUGGAUUCAUGCUUCAUUUAUACAUAUUUCCCAUGGAAUUGUUUCUUCUAUCUGUGGCCGCGAGAUUUGUCUUCAGAGUAUCUGAAGUUGGCAUAUUGCCCAUUCCAGAACCAAGAGAUAACUUUGAUGAAAUCAAGGUCGAUGAUGGUGAAGAAAUAGACGCUGUGGCUCCUCAUUCUAAACGCCGAGUUGAUUGCGACGGAGAUUCAGAUUACAGAUCAUCAUCAGACAGACAUUCAUCAGUAAACUCUGGAACUGCAGGAAAUUUGACAAAGAAGCCUUAUGAAAUUACAAGCGAUGUAGCUUCUGAUACUUCCAGUAAUUCAGUUCGACUGAAACUUUAUAAUAAAUCAGCAUCCCAUAACACACCGACAGAUUAUAUGCACAACACAUCCAUAUAGAAAGAUCUUCAGUGCACAAAAUUUAAAAUUUCAGAACGAUGGCGAUGGCAUUGACCGUCAUUCAUGGCAUCUGAUAAUGGGCGAACAUUUAUCCAUGACGCUCUGGAAGUGCAUGGGUGCCUACGUUAUUUCGCCUACGAAUAUUAAACCUUUUAUUUAUACCCAGUGGAUUAUUAUGUUCCUCAAAACAUACUCUAUUUUAUUGAGACUGUAUCAUCAAAGUGUACCACUGAUGCAUAUACAUUGUUGUUAUUGUUUUAUUCAAAUUUAUUCGUAUCAUUGUGUAAGGCGAUAUAUUUAUUUUUAUAAUUUACAAUACUUUUUGUAAUAAAUUUAUUGCCCACAAGCAUCCUCUAAAAUUAUUUGUAUUUUUUCUCUUCCGCACCUUUUCAUUUAUUGCAAUUUAAGUUCGCAUUCAUACAUUGCUUCACGCAGCACGCCAUAUUGCAUUGUUCAUUAGUAUAAUUGAUCAGUAUAUAUGGUUCCAAUCUCAUAUUAAAAUAUAUUUACAUUC